AUAUGUUACUUUAAAAAUAUCUUUCUUUCGUAGGACGUUCAUAUAUUACUUAUUUUUAUAUUAUUAUUAUUUAUUUAGUUAGUUAUAGUACAUGCGACAAACAAAACUAGAAUCUAAAUAACACAAGUAGACAGAAGUGCUGCAGAGAAAUAGUAAAAAAGAUAACUAAUUUUGUUCAGUUGAUGUUCAAUGGAUAAAGUUAAAGAUAAUUUACCUAAAACUGCUUUGGCGUUAUAUAUUAAAUUAUAUUGUAAAAAAAGAGGACAUAAAAUAAAGGAAAAAAAUAUUCUUAUAGAAGCAAUUAAGUCAUGGCUUGCAUUGAAUAAAUCGGAUAAACAUCUAUUUAUGAAAAAAUAUGAAGAAUAUCAGACUAAUUUUAAAAAAGCUUUUGCUGAUUACCUUUUGUCUGCAGAACCUUAUUUAAAAGUCAAAAAGAAAAAAGAAAAUAACAAAGCUUCAACAAGUGGUAUUGAAGAAAACAGUACCACUCAAAAUGAAUUUAAUGAAGAAAUAGAAUUAGAUACUGAUCAAAAACAAAAAGAUCAAAAUAGUAUUGAAAUUAAUAAUAUUGAUAACACAGUUGAUGAUUGUAAUACUAAUAUCCCAAUAUUGGAAAAUACAAACAAUAUAAAUGAUUUAACAGAAGCUGAUAAAAUUUCUAUUGAAGAACCAACUCCUCCAAAAUUCAUAACUAGUCAACAACUUUUUGAAAUUAUAAAUGAGAAUAAUAACAAUCUGUUAUGGACUAAAUUAAGUGUCUCAGAGAAAAGAAAAUACUACAGUGCUGUAUUAUCAAUCAAGAAGAAGUAUAUUAUAGAAUAUAAGAACUACUUAGAACAUUUAUCAUCAGAAAAAUUGUAUCAUCAUUAUAAAACAACUAAUAAUUUAUAUAACUCCAAUGAUGAAUGAAUGUAUUGUAUUUAUCUUAAGUUCUAUUUUAAAAAAGGUAAAUAAAAGAUGAAUGGAUUUAUGUUAUUUUAUUCGAUCAUAUAACACCUAAUAUUUUAUAUUAAAAUACUUGUGGAAAUAAAUUACAUUUUAUGGUUAAGGAAUACUUAUUUUUAUCACUAAUUCUAAUAAACAUUAUAUAAAUAAACAA